GCUCCGUAAACGCAGUCCGCUUUCGUCGCGAACCGCGUCGGUUCUUCUCUCAUAGCGUUCUUAGACAGAUAUCGAUAUUACAAAGUUUUUCUACCAUUUAUACGGAUGCCAAUUUCCAUGCAAAGUUUUCUACGAUAUUAACUGUCCCAUAAAUUGGAAUAAGACGUAUCGUCGUCGACAAUAUAUCGCGAAAAACUAACGAUAUAUUUUAUUCGCCAUUACCGCAUAUUGUAAAUUAUACGCAGAAAGUGCAACCAAGGUUUUAAAAAACAUGAGUGACAUCACGGAAACGGAUUUGCAUAAAUAUGUCGUCAACACGGAAAGGAGCGGUGACCUCUACGUAUACGUACAGGGGGAUCUUACGCAGCAAGAGAAACGCGCCAUUUUUCUAACGGUCCACGAUCUUGGAUGCAAUCACACCUCGUUCCACGAUUUCGUAAAUCACCCGUGUAUGUCUGAAAUCAAAGAGCGUUCAAUCUUCAUCCACAUCGACGUACCCGGGCACAGUGACAACGCUCCGAACCUUCCCGAUGGAUUCCAGUUUCCAACCCUCCAGGUUUUAGGCGAAGACCUUGUCACCGUCCUGGAUUUUCUACACGUACGCUACGUCGUUGGUCUUGGAGAAGGAGCUGGAGCGAAUGUUUUGGCGCGAUUCGCUCUCGCGAAUCCUUCCAGAGUUUUAGGUCUCAUCCUUAUCAACUGUACGGGUAGUGCGGCUACCGUUCUUGAUAAUUUUAAAAAUAAGUUUCUCAGCUGGAGAGGCAAGGAGGAGGUCAGCCAGUCUGCGGAGGAAUUUCUCCUUUAUCACAAGUACGGUAACAUGAUAAACGAGCAAUUGGUGAGCGCAGCUAAUCCAGAUAAGGAAAAAGUUCUGGCUGAGUUUCUUGAGAGGAUUCGAGGCACCCUCAAUUCCCGAAAUAUCAAGCAGUACGUCAACGCCUUUCUCACGCGAAAAGAUAUUUCACUGAAAAAUUGCAAAACGGAUAUAAUCCUCAUUACCGGAAUGCUCAGUCCGUACGCAAGCGUUGUCGAGAAGUUAUUCCGUGAGUUGGACAAAAACAAGGCGACUUUGUUGAAAGUUGAACGCGCAGGAGAUGUGCUUUUGGACGCGCCAGUCAAAGUCGCUCAGAGUAUUCUACUCUUUUGCAAAGGUCAAGGUAUUCUGACAUCCGUUACAAUGCCGGGUGUUGAUCGUCAGCGUACCUUCAGCGGAAGUUCGUUUGACAGCGACGGUAGACCCCGAAGACUCUCCAGGGGAAUGUCGAUGGAGGAAUACGAUAAACCAAACAUUCGGCGUCUAUCAAUUACCAUUCCCGAACCCUCUUCUCAUUCUCCGGUCAACUGAAACCGACAAUGAUUACCGUUAAUUAUUUGUGAACACAAUUUUAGGUACCUAUUAGCAUUCAGAGAUGAAUAUUUCGAGCUGUACAUUAAUACCGUAGCAGUUUCAAUUUUCAUCGAUGUAAUUUAUCAGUUCAUUUCCAAUUGAGGUGUAUUAAUUUUUUCUCUGAUAAAUAAUUAGUCACCGAAAUUAUCAUCAAAUAAAAGAUAUAACAUAUCUAUGCUAUUAUCCGUAAUUCAUGAUUUGGUAAAAUCGAAAAAAAAAAUGUCUGAUAGUUAUCAUGAAUUGUCCAAAAAUCCUACCUCUUCAAAACCAUGUAGUAUGGUAGCAUGAAUCGUUUUACACUUGCCUAAGAUAUGAUAAUCAGUUGGGUCAUACGUGAACGUACGUACGACUUGAGGUAUUCCGAGGACGUCUUUGUUUGUUUACAUGAGUAUUUUCAUUCAUAUAUACGCUGAAUUAGAAAGAAUUCAUUCCGAAUUAUAAUGAAUGUUAGAUUAGAAAUUCCUACAAGACGUGAGUAAUUCAUCCGUAGAUAAUACGAUAUGGAUACAAGCUCGUAUUCAAUCUAUGAGACUUUGCAGAUCAUACGUGUAUUCGAUAUAAUAUAUGUAAUUUAUUGUGUUAUCUAACUUGUCGAUUUCGAAGUAUGUAAGGAAAUUCUGGGCUGUCGUUACCACGAAGUUUUUGAACCAUCUUGAAAAUCUGAAUAAAGGUAGUAUGUAGAGUAAAAGAGUUGAUAUAACGUUGAUAUAUUUGAAUGAAAUAAUUGUCAGAUGAAUUAUAUAUUAUAGAUAUAUGACAAACUUUAUAUCGUGCAUUGUUAGAUGUUAUUAACAUUAAUUGAUUUGAGAGUAAUUUUUUCAUGUAAAAUAAAAUCCAUAUUAUACUGAUCAAUUUGGUUCGCUGAUUCGAUUUCAUUCCCAAGUUUUUCAUUCUUGACACUCCAGUAAAAUACUUCAUAUUCACAUUGUUGAACCAAAUAUGUAUUUCAGACCACUGACGCAGUAAGAAUAGAGGCAUGAAAUAGGACGAUAAUGACGCCAUGCAGUAUUUAUUAAUUGCACAUUAAAAUACAUAAAUAUAAAUGACAUUACAUUUCUGAUCAGAUUGUUUUAUCACUAUUCAUAAGGUUAUAUCUUUUCCUUGUAGUUGAUACCGAUGAUGAUUAUUCACAAAUUAUAUAAUUUACUCAUUUACCAAAUUGUAUGCACACUAUACUAAUAAUCACAUGCAAAUAAAUUUUCUCAAAAAUA